AAGCUAAUGAAUAAAUUAUGUAACAAAGGAGGAAGCAACCAGAAUUUCCAUAAAAACUGUCACAUGCAGUGACAUGUAAACCAGGUAAACCAUGUGAUGCACACUAUUUAGGGGAGGGAAGAGAAAAAGCCAUAACAAAAUAUUUACAACACCAGAGAGUUGGAUUAACUCCCAUUCAAAAUCAAAGAGACAAAACUUGACACUGCUUGAUGAAGACGUGCAGUUUUGUCCGAGAUAAAUUAACUGAAUGGAACCUCAGCCAGUUCAUCCAAAGGUUUGAAGAUGAAGGUAUUGGCAAGGAGAGGUUCUUAAGUCUUGGAAAUUCAGACAGCCUCAAUAUGUUGAUUCCCAAGAUUGGACCAUGAGUGAGAUUCAGAAUGAGACUCAGGGAACACAUACAGGGUCUUAAUCAAAGUUACAGUGACAAUGAAGAGAUGAUGGACACUGACACACCUUCAGAUCAAGAAGAUUGCGGUGAAACGGACUCAACACUUUUUUCCUGGUUGGGACAGUCUUCAACAACAGGCACAGAUCGUGGCAGUGACGUAUUGACAUGUCAUUCUAGUGAUGAUCCAGUCUAUCCUGGUGCAACAGUAAGUCAAAGACAGGGCAUACUGGCUGCCAUACUGUUCACCCUGCGUCAUCAUCUUACAGAAACUAUGAAGUGUGACCUAAUGGCUUUGGUCCAUUUUCUCAUCCCUAACCUGUCUGAUGCAUCUAAGAGUCUCUUUGAUAAGAUUCCUGGCAUAUCUAUCGAGUUUUACUGCAAAACCUGUCAAAACUACAUGGGGAAAAUCCCACUGAUGCUCCUUGUAUAAAAUAUGGCACAAUGUUCAACAGAGAAGCCAGUUUGAAAAGUAUGAGCUUCUUCAUGUUUACAUCACUGAAAGACCUCUUGAAAGACAUCCUUAAGUACCAUGGCACUAAGCUGCUCCCGAAAACUAUCAACCAUGGGCAAGAUAUUAAGGAUGUUAUGGAUGGUAGGAUGUACCAGAAUCUGCUUAAACAAAAAAUACUGGCUGCUGAUGACCUUACGCUGUCAUGGAAUUGUGAUGGUUUCCACAUUUACCCAGAUAGACAGUUCUACUCAGUUUGGUCUCUGCAGUUUAGUAUCAAUGAACUUCCUUAUACUUUAAGAAAGGAAAAUGUGGCAGUUGCAGGACUUUGGUUUGGUUCGAAACAUCCUGAGAUGAAAGCAUUUCUUAAACCUUUCGUAGAUGAAUGCUGUGAUUUAGCUCAAAAUCCGUUCCACUGGAUGGACAGCAAUGGCUCUGUUCACUCCUCAAAAGUCUUCGCCGUGAUUUGCUCCUCCGAUGCAGAGGCAAGGCCACUCCUUCGAAACUGCAAGAAAUUUAAUGGUGAGCACGGUUGUGACUGGUGUUUACAUCCGGGUACAACAGUUAAAAAGGGUUCAGGAUCUAUGAGAUCCUACACAUAUGAUAAAGAAAAGCGAAGGGCACGAUCAGAUGAAAUGUUCAGACAUAAUGCAGAAACUGCAGACCACACAGGAGAGCCCAACAAUGGAGUAAAAGGACAUAGUUUGCUCUCUAAUAUUCCAAAGUUUGACAUGGUUUUUGGAUUUAUCCCAGAGUACAUGCACUCAGUUCUUCUUGGUGUGACCAGACAGCUGAUGUCUCUGUGGUUGGAUCCAAGUAAUUCUGCAAAGCCUUGGUUUGUAGGUGAACAGAUUUCAGAAAUGGACCGCUGUCUUCUUGGUCUAAAGCCACCAGUGGAAAUUUCCGAAUCUCCACGCUCCCUGAAGUGUAGGGACAGUUGGAAAGCAUCUGAGUGGCGAGCGUUCCUUUUGUUUUAUGUCAUACACGUCCUACCACGUUUCUUGUCGGGCAAGUUUCUUGAACAUUUUUUUCUCUUGUCAUUUAGUAUUCACAUUCUACUACAAGAAUCAAUAUCCCAAGAUGACCUUCAGUUGGCCCAUGACUACUUGGUGCACUUUGUUGUAAACAUGAAAGUACUUUAUGGUGAAGAAAACGUAUCCUUUAACUGUCAUCAGUUAAUCCACUUAUCUAAAAGUGUACUAAACUGGGGCCCUCUCUGGGCUACAUCAGCAUUCAGUUUUGAGAGAAACAACGGAGCUUUACGGUCUCUGCUUAGAACCAUUAAUUACAACGCAAAACACGUUACUGAGAAGUUCCACACAUGGCAACACAUACCCAGACACAUUAGUUCUUUAGUUUAUAACCAUUGUUCAGAUUUUAGCAGUUUAUUAACCAAGAUGUCACCAGGGAAUGAUGGCAGCAGCUCUUUCAAACCCUUAGGAGAAGCACAUCUCCUGGAUCUAAAAGAAUCCAUAAAACUGAUGCUAGAAAGACUCUUUAAUCGACCAGUUUUUGCCAAAUCAGUGGAAACUUAUGAUAAAUUCACUUACAGCCACACUGUUUAUCACUCUACAAACUUUGAAAAGUCUGACAAAACAGACUGUGUUAUUGAACUUACAAAUGGGUCCUAUGGAGAAAUACACAUGUUGUUGCUUUUGAAAGAGAACUGUAUGUGCACAUCCAGCUGUGUGUGCCAGGUCAUUCCAGUCAUUGUGGUAAACAUGUAUGUCACCAAACCUGUGGAACUGUUUGGACAAACUGUUCCCUGUAGACCAUCGAAGACUGUGUUUGUGACAGCUGAGAGCACAGGACAGCUCAAAGCUUUCUUCUUAGAGAACAUCAGAUGCAAACGUAUGUAUGUAAAUGGCUUGCUUGUGCCUGUACCAAACACACAUGAGAGAUAUUAGAGUCACCGCAGCUAAAGGACAUGUAAAUACAGAAGAGCUGUGGGGAAAAAUGACACAAAUGAUGUGAAAGGUGAAUAAAAUUCUGAAGUUUUCCUGGUUGUAAUAGUUGAGGUACUGUUAUAUUUAUUGUAAAAAUGUAAAUAUUAUCUUGGCUUCACUCUACCAUGUAUGGCACAAGGUCAUUUGUGCAGGAUUAUUUGCAUUUAUGGGUAUAUUUUGUAUCAGUGCAUUUGUAAUUAAAUAAAUAAGAAAGAAGUUGUCAA